CUCUCUCUCUCUCUCUCUCUCUCUCUCUCUCUCUCUCAUCUUGGAAUUCUUAAUUUUUUACAAGGCCUUGCAGCUGCAUCUUCUCUGAUAAUUUCUUCUGGGAUUUUCUUUACAUAAAGCAAGAACUUCUGGGCUUGAACAGGUUUCAUCUUUUUGACACAAAGUCCAGGCAUAAUUUUCAUUCACAGACAGAAGACCCUGAAAUAUAGGAGACAAACAAACAUCAAAAGGCCUGCCGAUUUGGAUCCCUAAAAAUGUAUCAAGACAGUGUUUGUUUUGAUCCCAACACUAUGCAGAAAGGACUGCCAGAAAAUGGGUUUUCCCAAACUCUCCCCAAUAUCACCACCACCACCACUAGUUUCUCCAUGGAAGAACUCUCUUACCAAGAAGGAUCCGCCGCGGCCGCAGCCAUGGAAAUGGAGCUUCAACAGCAACUGGGUCUGGAUACGGAAAACUGUUACGCCAACAAUCAUCACAGUAAUCUGAUGGAUACUUCCCAUUUGAUGCAAGAAGUGGUGGGUCAUGACUCAAACCAGGUUUUAAUCCCUAAUUAUGAUCAUAACUCCAGUUGGGAUAUCAAUAAUACUAACAUGAAUACCCAUGAUUUCCAAGAGGAGCAUCUGAUGAAUCAUGUCAAUGAAAUGCAAAAUUCCCAUCACCUUCUCAAUCUCCUUCGCUUACCAAAGGUCUCACCUUCCUCUGUCCUACCCAACUCCUCAUUUUCUCUAGGGUUUCUUGGAGACCAUUUUCCGUCUACCGACGGCGGCAGCGGAUCGGCGUCGAAUGUCGCUUAUGACCCUCUAUUUCACUUGAAUCUUCCACCGCAGCCGCCCUAUUUUAGGGACUUGUUUCAGUCCCUACCUCAUGGGUAUAACUUGCCAGGAUCAAGGAGUGGUUCUUUGUUUGGUGGGGUGGAGGAGAGAGAGGGGAGUGGAGGAGGGGAGGUGGGGAGGAAUUUUGAUAAUGGGGUCUUGGAGUUCCAAACGGAUUGGGAUAUGAAUGGUAUGGCUAAAGUGGGGAAUGGAAAGAAAAAUACAAAACACUUUGCUACGGAGAGGGAUAGAAGAGAGCACUUGAAUAGUAAGUUCACUGCUUUGAGGAGUUUGAUUCCUAACCCAACCAAGCCUGAUAGAGCAACUAUAGUGGGGGAUGCAAUUGAUUACAUCAAAGAGCUACUCAGAACAGUGAAUGAGCUGAAAAUCCUGGUGGAAAAGAAGCAAUGUGGUAGGGAGAGGAUCAAAAGGCACAAAACUGAUGAUGGAACUAGUACUACCACUGCAGGAGAAGUACUAGAAGACAGCUGCAACAAAAUCAAGCCUGAUCCUGACCAUUCCUACAGCAACGGAUCAUCAACGCUAAGAAGCUCAUGGCUCCAGAGGAAAUCCCAGGACACCGAGGUUGACGUUCGAAUCGUCGACGAUGAAGUUACCAUUAAACUUGCUCAGAGGAAGAGAAUCAACUGCCUCCUGAUCGUGUCGAAGGUGCUCGACGAGCUUCAGCUUGAUAUCCAGCAUGUCGCCGGUGGACUUGCAGGUGACUACUACAGUUUUCUGUUCAACAGCAAGAUAGGUGAAGGGUCUUCUGUGUAUGCAAGUGCAAUAGCCAACAAGCUCAUUGAUGUUGUGAACAGACAGUAUGCAGCAAUUCCACCAACCCAUAGCUACUAGCUAGGGCCAAAGAGAUUAACCUCUCUCUCUUUUGACUCUCAGUCAGAAAUAUAUUACUAGUAGGUACUUAAUGUGGGAAGAAGAAGUAGUAAUAAACUUGGUGGAAGGAAAACUAUGGAUUUGUGUAGCAACUUAAUUUCCAUAUUUUGAAGAUUCAAUGUUGUGAUGCCA